AUGCUGACUACCACUUGGAAAUGGCUUGGCCAACGUGUGGACCUCAUCGAUCAGCUCUCAUAUGAGUUCGCUUCGCUAGAUGCGGCGGUCCUAGAGCUUCGUAAAGCCCGAUUCAAAGAUGGACAUACAGCGUUUGUGACUUUUAGCAACGCUUGGUGCUCACAAAUCGCAAGCCAAGUAGUGCAUUAUCCCGUGCCAGGGUCAAUGCUUACGGAGCCUGCUAUGGAGCCCAGAGACAUAAUUUGGAUGAAUGAAGAAACUAAAGCAUGGGAACGCCGGGCACGUCAAUGCAUUAUGACUAUCCUUAUCGGUGUCCUUCUUACACUCACGCUCUCGAUUGAUGUGGUGCUUGCAACACUUGUGAAUGUGAAUGAGAUUCGUGAGUACCUCCCCUGGUUAGGGGACAUUUUGAAUGAACAUGCCUGGCUACGUACAUUUGUCCAGAACUCGCUUCCCACCUUGCUUUUAAUUUUGAUCAACGCUCUAGUUCCUGUUGCGAUGCGUUAUUCUACUUACUUCCAACGGAUUCGCUCGCACUCUCGCGUUGACCACAGUGUGCUCAACAAGUAUUACCUCUACCUCUUAUUCUCAGUGGUCUUCGUUUUCCUCUUUACGAGCGCGCGUGAUAUGCUUAAAGAACUUUCGCAAAGUCCGAUGCAUAUGAUCGACAAACUGGCUCAGUCCUUGCCCGUCGCACGGAACUUUUCUCUCUCAUACGUGGUAUUCCAGGGGCUAGCGACACAGCCAUUCCAGCUGGUCCUUCUUCCAACCAUUUUGAGUCAACAGCUGUACCGCGUCUGGUGCCCCAGAACACCGCGUCGUCGCAUGCAAAUGUACCAACCACCAAUACUUAAUAUGAGCACUUUGUAUCCGCAAGCUUUGCUGUGUUUGGAGCUAUUUGUAUGUACGAAUGCUACUGACGCAGACUUUGGUUUUGCCUAUUUGGUGCUAAAGUAUCAGCUGCUGAAUGGUGUGUGGGUCCUGUACUAA